AUGGAAUGCAAAUUGUGGUUCGUUGUGAUGAUCAUAGGGCUUUCUCUCAUUGUCUUUGACAAUGAAGUCCUGGCAACCAUGCCGAAGAGACAAAUGAUGAAACAGUCUUUAUUGUGGAAUGAGAGGUUCAUCAAUCAAAAUUCUAUUUCAGAGAAUGAUGAAGUAGAUGAUUCAAUUGACCAUUGGGCAAUUUACAAGGCUCCAAGUGGUAACGGUCAGAAGCGUUAUGGGGCUAUGGCAACUGUUUCUGUUUAUGAGAUUCCAGAAAUUAAAGUUUCCCAAUUUAGCUCGGCUUGCAUUUGGAUUGUUAAUGGAGAUGAUGGCCCAAAAGAAAAUUUAAAUAUCAUAACGACUGGGUGGACGGUAUAUCCAGAUCUAUAUAAUGAUACUCGGCCCCAUUUAUUCACAGAUUGGACGAGAGAUGGAUAUCAAACAGGUUGCUAUAACACUCAAUGCUCGGGAUUUGUGCUUGCUAAUAAGAGUAAAAUAGUUCCAGGAAGUCCUAUUGAUCAAGUUUCGGUUUAUGGCGGACCACAAUAUAAUAUAACACUAAAAAUCUAUAAGGAAUCUACUUCUGGAAAUUGGUGGUUAUAUUAUGGAUCAUCUGGUCACCAUGAUGAAUUAAAUGCAGUAGGUUACUGGCCGAGUUCUCUUUUCACUACUUUGGUGGAUAAUGCAUCUCAAAUGCAUUUUGGUGGAAUGGUCUCCUAUCAUAAAGAUGAGCACGGCCCUCCAAUGGGCAGCGGUCACUACCCAGAUGAAGGAGAAGGCAAAGCAGCAGCUUUCUAUAGAAUCCAAGCCGUGGAUAAAAUUGGAAAUGUGUAUGACUUUGAAGAUGACCUAAAUGCCGCAGAGGAUAAAAGAGAAUGCUACCGUGUUAGUGAAUUUAGGGACGAAAGUUUUUUCUAUGGUGGCCCUGCUCAUUGUAUUAACUAG